AUGAUCGGUGAAAUCAUCGGUGGAGCUCUGGCCCAGAGUCUGGCAAUCAUGACAGACGCCGCGCAUCUAUUGACUGAUUUCGCUAGCUUUUUAAUCAGCCUUUUGGCCCUGUUUCUCGCCUCGAGACCGUCAACUAAGAAGAUGAGUUUUGGGUGGUAUCGAGCCGAAGUCGUCGGUGCUCUCGCCUCUGUCCUAAUGAUAUGGCUUGUAACCGGUAUAUUGGUAUAUCUGGCUGUUAUGCGCAUUAUACAUCAACAUUACGAGAUUGACGGAAAAAUCAUGCUCAUCACGUCGGCAAUUGGAGUCGGUGUGAACAUUGUUAUGGUGUUGACUUUACACGAUCACGGGCAUGGGCACAGUCACGGUGGCUCCACUGGAGAGCAUUCACAUUUGGCAGAUCACUCGCACUCACAUCAGGGCAAUGGAAGCUUGCGCGGGCUGCAACACUCGGACUCACACAGUCAUGAACACAAGGUCGAUCAACGCACGCAACGGGAAGCGAGUCGGCAAAACAUUACUGUUCGCGCGGCUCUAAUCCACGUGAUUGGAGAUUUGGUCCAAAGUUUGGGUGUUUUCAUUGCUGCAAUGAUUAUCUAUUUCAAGCCCACGCUGAAAAUUGUCGAUCCGAUAUGCACGUUCUUAUUUUCCGUUCUCGUCCUGAUCACCACGAUCAACAUUCUACGAGAUACACUGAACGUGUUGAUGGAAGCGACCCCAAGGGGUUUGGAAUUCAAUGAGGUGAAGAACGCGCUAAACGAUAUACCCGGGGUUAUCGAGUUGCACAAUUUACGCAUGUGGAGUUUGACCAUGAACAAAACCGCAGUCUCAGUUCACCUGGCAAUAGACCCUGAAGCCAACUCACAAGAGAUCCUUCGCCAAGCAAGUUCAAUGCUAAGGAAACGCUACUUGGUUCAUGAAGUUACGAUACAACUGGAACCGUACCUACAAGAAAUGGCCGACUGUCAGCUUUGCCAAGAACCCAUUCGUUAA